CAUUAUAGUUAGUGCAUUCACUAAGCUUAGGACAUGGGACAUUUAGGGUUCAGAUUAGGGUUAGGAUUAGGGACUUGUUCAUAUUUAGUGAUAUUUCACAUUAGGGGAAUAUCACUAAAUUGAGAUUUUUCACACUUUAUUUUAACCCUUACCCCAAGGGUUAGGGUAAGAAUAGAGUGUGAGAGAGGUUAGAAUCACUUACCUAACCCUAAUUUGAACCCUCACUUAACCCUAAAUGUCCCGUGUGCCUAAGCUUAGUGAAUGCACUAACUAUAAUGAAAGUGUAAAACUAGUUUUACUUACCUUCCAGGACCUUGCUGUGGAGGAGUAGCAGGAGUGCUAGCACGCAUGUGCAGCACAGGAACCAGCUGAUUCCCCUCACCGGAAGUGACUGGGGUAGGUGAUGUUCACGAGGUAGGGGAAUUUGAAGUGGUUACAGGCGGAGAAGAUCACAUAUUAUUAUUAUUAUUAUUAUUGCCAUUUAUAUAGCGCCAACAGAUUCCGUAGUGCUUUACAAUAUUAUGAAAGGGGAUUUAACAAUAAAUAGGACAAUUACAAAUAAACUUACAGGAACAAUAGGCCCAUACUGUAGCUGGAUAUUAGUAGUGUAAGUGCUGCUUUAUUAAUAAUAAUAAUAAGUAUUGCUGGUAUCUAUUACACUGAAUGUGAUGCAGGUGUGUAAAAUAAUGGGCAGAUAUGAAGUAUGCAAAAUGUCAGGUGAAUGCAGACUGUAACACUUUCUAGUUUUGUAACCUGUAAAUUAAAGUGUGCCUCUCAUGAUACUAACAAUGUAGGUUUUAAUGAAAGCGCAUAUUAGUGACUAAGUGGCUAUUAAAAAUGACUGGACAUACCCCAUUUGCAAUACCUUGGGUUGUCUACUUUUGCAAAUGGUAUGCCAUCAUGGGGGUAAUUCUUAUUCCUGGGCUACCAUACGGUCUCAAAGGCAACAUAACCAAUCUGGCAAAUUUCAAUGUUAAAAAAAUGAAAUGCAAGCCUUAUAUGUGACUCUCUAACUUUCCAAAACACAAUAAAACCUGUACAUGGGGGGUAUUGUUAUUCUCGGGAGACUUCACUAAACACAAAUAUUAGUGUUUUAAAACAGUAAUACAUAUUACAACAAUAAUAUAGUCCAUAAAAGUGCAGUUUGUUUGUAAAAAAUGCAAAAAAAGUCACUUUUACUUAAAAUAUCAUCGUUGUAAUACAAUUUACUAGUUUGAAACACUAAUAUUUGAGUUCAGCGAAGUCUUCUGAGUAAAACAGUACCCCCUAUGUACAGGUUUUAUGGUGUCUUGGAGAGUUACAGGGUCAAAUAUAGUGCUUGCAAAUUAAAUUCUCUGCACUUUCUCCCUGUGUUGUCAGGCAUGUCAAUCAAAUUUUAAUUAAUCAAAUCACAUAAUUAUGUUAAAAAAUUACUUAAAUAUACACGUAGAAUUUUAAUAUAUAUGCAUUUUAUAGGUAUUUAAAUUUUACGUGUAUACUAAUGUAAUCUUUUAUGUAAUUAUAUGUAUUUAUCCAUAUGUAUAUAUUUGCGGUUAUUUGUAUUUUAUAUAUAUAUAUAGAUAGAAUGACAUUAAUAACAAAAUACAAUUAGAAUGAAAUUACAUAUAAAAAAUUACUUAAAUAUACACGUAGAAUUUUAAUAUAUAUGCAUUUAUAGGUAUUUAAAUUUUACGUGUAUACUAAUGUAAUCUUUUAUGUAAUUAUAUGUAUUUAUCUAUAACAUCAUUUUACGUGUAUUUUUUUUUUUAAUAUAAUUCUUUAUUUUUCGUGCAUAGCUAUAGAUAACAUUUAGUCUAGUAAUGCCACAACAGCGAUUACCAUUGUUUUCAGACAUGUAAUAUUACAGUUGCAUGGCAUGAGAUACUGUGCACAUUUUUUUAAGGUUAAAGUCUGGUAACAUUAGCGUAAGGUAGGUUAAACAGCAUAUUUUUGAAGGGAAAAACAAAUCUAAGUGUAUUUUAAUACUAAUAUAUAUACUAAUAGUAUUAAAAUACACAACGUAUGACGUUAUGUAUGUAUAUAUAUAUAUAUAUGUGUGUGUGUGUGUGUGUGUGUAUAUAUAUAUAUAUAUAUAUAUAUAUAUAUAUAUAUAUAUAUAUAUAUUAUUUUACACAUGCUUAUUUAUUUUUUUCAUUUCCCACCAGCAGGGGGACUGUCUGAUAUUUCAGACAGUCCCCCUGCUGGCAGAUCCAUAGCCAGCUAUAGGGGGCCAUGUGAUCGCUCUUUGAGAGCGAUCACAUGGCCCCCGGGGGCCUCAUUCGCCGGGGGAGGGCUGCCUGGGCGGUCAGGCAGCCCUCCAGAAGAGGAUUGAUCCCCUGGGGCUCAAAGCCGUUGCAGCGUUCUAUGCCGCUGCGACAGCAUAGAACGCCGUAACAGCGUUAAGGGGUUAAAUCACUUUGUUUCUGUGUAUGCAGCCCUAGCCACACCUCCCCUGGCUAUGAUUGACAGAGCCUGCAUGAAAAAAAAAAAAACUGGUUUCACUUUCAAACAGAUGUAAUUUACCUUAAAUAAUGGUAUCUCAAUCUCUAAAUUGAACUUUAAUCACAUACAGGAGGCUCUUGCAGGGUCUAGCAAGCUAUUAACAUAGCAGGGGAUAUGAAAAUCUUAUUUAAACAGAACUUGCAAUAAAGAAAGCCUAAAUAGGGCUCUCUUUACAGGAAGUGUUUAUGGAAGGCUGUGCAAGUCACAUGCAGGGAGGUGUGACUAGGGAUCAUAAACAAAGGGAUUUACCUCCUAAAUGGCAGAGGAUUGAGCAGUGAGGCUGCAAGGGCAUGUUGUAUACACCAAAACUGCUUCAUUAAGCUAAAGUUGUUAAGGUGACUAUAGUGUCCCUUUAAAAACUUAUUUUCGGUGUUCUAUCACAAUCCCCUAUCCCGGCUGCACCAGAAGUGACGAUAACCAGCUGGGUGAUGGUGCUGUGUAGCGCUUGGACGCGAGCACUAAGUAGGUAAAAAUGGCAGCACACAGUGCACUAAAUGAAAGGACAUACUGUGCAUGCGCAAUUCUAGCCAGCUGUGGGACUGGGGUUGCUGUGCCGCACAUGGUCGCGAUCUCUUGCUGGAAAAUUAAAGGACACUGCUCACACUCUAGUGAAAGUCAGUACCUCCGUUGGGGUAGGGAAAUCAGUAUAGUUAACACAGUGCAUGCACAGUCAAUCUCAAUCAGAAUUGGGUGACUUGACCUGUAAACAAUGUAAUCUGACAAACUGUUAUUCAGAAAUCAUUUAACCCUAAGCUUUUGCUGAAGCUGGUUUCCUCUGGUUGAUAUCUAAAAAAUGUGCUUACUACAAAUUUGCAGUCCUGUUCUCUACUAUUCUACUGCACAUUCACACCACCAGGGCCAGCUUUAGGCACCGUGUGCAAAAAAAAUCUUCACAGCGCCCCCAUCUAUAGUGUGUGUAUUGAUUGUAUAGGGGAUUUAUUAAAUUAAUAAUGAUUUAAAAACAAAUAUUCAUUCCUCCUUUCCUGUUGUUACCUAGUUGGGAGAGGGGAAUGCUGAUCUGAAUCUCGUCUGCCCCUCCACUGGGUACAGACCAUGCGUAACUGUCUCGCAAGCUCAGGGACUUGCAGUGUUCUUUAGUAAUCUGCAGCAGCGCUCUGAUUAUCCCGAGCUAGGAAGACAGCUACUUAUGGUCUGCAGCCAACAGAAGAGCAGGCCAGAAGUGCCAGACUGCCUCCCCUACAUUACAGAGGAGCAGACUAAGUAUGCCACAUAAUACUGUGAGUGGUUUUGCUUUGGAGCCCUGGAUUAUACUUUUUACCUUCACGUUUUUGGAAUAAAAAUUUGUAGUAAUGCGCUACUUCUCCAUUUAUCACAGAGCUCCACAACAAUAAAACUCCCGUUAAUGUGGAGCUCUGUGCCAAGAUCAUACAUUACACAACAAUACAACUCAAGUAAUGUGCCUAUUAGUGUAUCACCAAACUCCCUAACUAUAAAACACAGAGAAAUGUGCAUUUUAUAUACCAGAACUACACUGUUCUACAUCUCACUAUAAUAUUAUGUAAUUGUGUUGUCUGUGUAUGUGAUAAGUGUGGUGACUGUGUGUGAUAUGUAUGCUAUGUGUUGGCUGUGUGUGAUAUUUGUAAUGGGUGUAUUAACUGUGUGAUAUGCGUGUAUUGGUUGUAUGUGAUAUUUGUGCUGGUUUUAUUGGCUGUGUGUGAUGGGUAUUUAAUUCAGAUAAAAAAAUAUGCAUUUAGGCCUAUGUGUGAAUGCAGGUAUAUAUUUUUACAGAGUUAUACAUAUACACUGUCAAAUCCACCACAUGCACACAGUCGCAGGCAGAUAGUCGCAUACACAGGAUCAGGCAGAAAAACACACUCACACACAGGCAGACAGCCCUCCACACACCACAGCCACACAUACAGUGUUACACACACAGGCAGACAGCCAUACACACAUAGGAAGACACACACACAGACAGCUACACACACAUAGUUACCUCUGUUUAUUAUGGAGGAGUGGAGGCAGUGCAGCUCCUGGAGACUGGUUGUUGGGACUCCUUUCUGCUUCCUCUACAGCAGUUACCUGGCACUUUUACCUCCGCCCCUGCCGUCAGUUUAGCUCCGCCCCGCCCCGCCGUACAGUAAGCUCCGCCUUCAUCGCAAUGUUGCGAGGUGUCUUUUUUUAUUUUUAUAAUCCUGGCCGGCCAUAUGUGAGCUUUCUCGGCCGCAUCGUGCCCUGUGCGGCCACACAGCUUGCACACCCCUAAGGCCGGCCCUGCACACCAACCUAUCAUCAAGAGGAGUAGUGUCAUCAUAUUCCACUUUGGGAGCGGGACCAGGCAGCUCUCUUAUCAUCCCAGCCAUCCUGUCACUCAUUAGAGAUGGGGUAGGUGGGAGUAAGCUGUUACCAUUGGUUUUUAUUCCUUAGUAGUGGGACCGCACCAGGGAUCCCUCCUAUCAAUCACAGCGAUCCAGUUUCUCAUCGAGUUCUGUAAUUGAUUACUAAUCCUCAGAAACUUGGCCCGGGCACCCUUCUAUCAGUCACAGCAAUCCACUGACACUGAUGGGAGUUGCAGUCCAAAGCAGCAGGUCUUCAGAGGGUGUCUUUUCCUGCCCUGCUGAAAUUAUUAGUUUAAAUGAAUAUAUGUAUUGAUAUAUUUUAUAUUACUUAUUUUCAAGAUGACUGGUUUGUUGAGUUGUGUAUAAGCAGUGUUUAGACUGGUGAUACAGAUGUAAAAUGCACUAGAUCUCAAGGAUUUCUCUCCUCCCCCCUCCUCCCCUCCUAUUUAAGUCUUUAAAACUUUGUUACCUUGGCAUUAUACUCUGGUGGAUUUAUAUUGUGCCUGUACUUUUCUACUAAAAAGGAUUGCUUCCUUUAUUUCUUUAUGCAUUUACCAUUGUUGGGGACGAUGGUUGAUUACCCCCAACUCUACAGACAUAUUUUCUGUAUAAAAAUAGGGAGAUGGUGUGGGGUCUGUUAAUUUUAUUCAUUGUUUUCCAGACAGGGGGGGGGAGACAAUGAAUCAAUUUAACAGACUCAACUCUGUCUCCCUAAUAGUGUACAGAGGGUGUGCCUGCACCACUGGGGGUAAUCUGUUUAAUGUUUUGUGUUGACUAGCAGCUGUAUGUUAUAUAUGUACUGUGCUGUAUAUAACAUUCUGCCCUCCUCUAAGACCAGCUUGAGAUCUGCGCAGGGACCCCCCCAAAGGACAGACUACUUGAGCUGUUGUCCAAUCUCGUAUUCUAUUGCACCUUUACAUACAUACAUACUGUUAUACACUACUAAACGCUGACUGUAUAACACCACCGUACUGUGUGCAGUAAGUGUUAUGGGGAUCUGAGUUGCAUAGCUUGGCUGCUGCUACAAAGUAUAUUUGGAGAUAUUCUGGAAAGUGAUCUGAUUCUUCAACUCUCUGAGAUCUUUCUUUUUUACUGUUCAACAGGUAAGUCAUCUCUAGGAAAAGUUUUUUUUGAUUGUAGAAAGUUUGAUUUCCUAUUGGUAAUUGGUAAGGCAUUUGAUGUGCCUAGUUACGUGUUUGCUAUUUUCUAUUGAUAGAAACACAGACAAAGAAACAUAGAAUGUGAUGGCAGGUGAGAACCAUUCAGUCCACCUAGUCUGCCCAAUUUUCUAAAUACUUAAUUAGUUCCUGGUCUUAUCUUAUAGUUAGGAUAGCCUUAUGCCUAUCCCAUGCAUGCUUAAACUCCUUUACUGUGUUAGCCUUCCAGCUGUCCUCUUGUUGUGGUAGUUUUUCUUCUUUUAAAUAUAGUCUUUUCCUUUUCUGUGUUGAUUCCCUUUAUGUAUUUAAAUGUAUUUUAAAUGUUUCUAUCAUAUCCCCCCUGUCUCGUCUUUCCUCCAAGCUAUACAUGUUAAGAUCCUUUAACUUUUCCUUGUAAGUUUUAUCCUGCAAUCCAUGAACCAGUUUAGUAGCCCUUCUCUGAACCCUCUCUAAGGUAUCAAUAUCCUUGUGGAGAUACCGUCUCCAGUACUGUGUACAAUACUCCAAGUGAGGUCUCACCAGUGUUCUGUACAAUGGCAUGAGCACUUCCCUCUUUCUACUGCGAAUACCUCUCCCUAUUUAACCAAGCAUUCUGCUAGCAUUUCCUGCUGCUCUAUUACAUUGUCUGCCUACCUUUCUUUAAAUCAUCAGAAAUAAUCACCCCUAAAUCCCUUUCCUCAGAUGUUGAGGUUAGGACUCUAUCAAAUAUUCUGUACUCUGCCCUUGGGUUUUUACAUCCAAUAUGCAUUAUCUUGCACUUAUCCACAUUAAAUGUCAGUUACCACAGCUCUGACCAUUUUUCUAGUUUACCUAAAUCACUUGCCAUUUGGCUUAUCCCUCCUGGAUACGCCAAAUAGCAAAUGAUUUAGGUAAACUAGAAAAACCGGUUGAUUGUUUGUUAAUAAGCAUAUGCCCACUCAGAUGUAAAACAUUCUAAGGGGAUGAUGGUUUUAGGAUUUAUAUAAGGGUUGUAAAAAUUAGCUUGGCUGCUGAUAUUAUUAAGGACUGCUACAAAGUGUACUUGGAGAUACUUUAAAAUAUACAGGAGGUGGAGAAAAGUAAGAUUUGUUUUGAUUUAAAUUCUUCUCAUUAAAAUGGCAGACAUAGUUCAGUGUAAUAGUUGUUAUGCAUUUGUUUCACGUUCCACUUUUGAGGUUUAGAUGCUGUCUAAACCAGGGCUGCCCAACAGGUAGAUCCCCAGAUGUUGUAGAACUACAACUCCCAUGAUGCUUUGUCAUUCUAAAUGCAUUAUAAAGGCAUGCAAAUCAUCAUGGGAGUUGUAGUUCUACAACAUCUGGGGAUCUACCGGUUGGGCAGCCCUGGUCUAAACUGUAGAAAGUUCUCUAUGUUGCAGCAGGAGAUUAUUAUUAUUAUUAUUAUUAUUAUUAUUAUUAUAUAUAUAUAUAUUUUUUUUAGUCUUGAAUUUGUAAACUAUCUGUUAAACUCAGGCUGGGACUGUUGCAAAGUCACUGCCGCGGAGGCUUCCAAUGAAUAGCAGAUGGAUUACUAUAGGAUCUGGUAGACUUGGAGUUGUGGCUAAAAUGUAUACUGCUCAGUCUGUGUCUUUACAUAAUUCAUUUUCAUCUCUUUCAGUGUAGUGGUGGUAUGGAGACAGGCUCAGGAGCUGAGUUUGAGAAACCACCAUCCUCUAUGUCUAAGGUGUGGAAAAGAUGAAGCCUGAAACAAAGGAAUUGUUGGGGGUUUCUAUCAUAGAGGUGUGGGGUUGGACAAAAGUGUCUUGUGAGCUACUGCUUGCAGAGACAGGAGAUGUAUCUUUAAUAUUGUUAAGCAAGCAAAGCAGGAAGGGGAAUUUAAUGUUCUUGUCCCUCUAGGGACAAAUGACUUGUCUUGCAAUGAAGUUUCAGAGGUAAAGACAGUUAUUUGUGUUCUUGCUACUAACAUUUGACCGGUUGUGUCCACACUGUCAUUCUCUGAAGUUCUGCCUGUGCAUAAUAUUCAUAUAAAUUUUUGUUCUUAUUGUCCCCUUACAGGCUUCGCAUUUGGUUCACUCACUUCACUAGCAGUGUCCGGUCUCAUCAGACUCCCUGGUGAGUAAUAACUUAUCGUUGUGGGACAUUGAUAGGCCUUUACAAUUUUGUCCUUGUAGGCUUUGCAGUUAAUUUACAUCUGUUGCAUUGUAGUGUCCAGUGUUAGUGGGGUUUACACAGCAUUGUUGUAUUUUACAUUGCCUGGUGGGGCAUUUUUCCUAUUCCUGUGUGAAAAGGUUAGUUUUGGUUAGUGGUUACAGAUGGUAAUUAGUAAUGUGUGGGAGUUAAGCCAUUCCCAUUUUUUUUUAAAUUUUUUGUAUACCCUUGUUGAAUGAGAAUUGUGUUCUGUUUUUAUAGAUAUGGAGACCAAGUACAACGAGAUCUUCAAAUUCCUUUCUUUUGGAGAAUACCCAUCUGGUUAUAGUAAGACACAGAGACAGACUUUCAGACAGACCACUGCCAAAUUUACAUUAACUGGUGAGUAUCAGAAAUAUAGACAAUCUUAGUUGUUUGUAAAGAUGGCCUUGUAAUGAAUGUAGCUUUUAAACUUUCACUUUCAUUACAGAAGGAAAGCUCUUUGUUGGAAGAAGACGAGUUAUUAAAGAUGAGGAAGAAGCGAGGAGGAUCUUCGUAGAAAUCCAUACUUCGCCAGUUGGAGGUCAUUCAGGCAUCAAUAGAACGCGAUCGGCCAUCUCCUCAAGAUUCUUCUGGCAUGGAAUGAGCAAAGAUAUUGAGAAAUGGGUACACACUAUAAUUAUCUUUGUGUUUUUUCAAUAUUUAUGAAAGCUGUACACAGGUUAACAACUCCUUUCCUACAGAUCCAGAAAUGUGAUAAAUGUCAGAAAUUUAGAAAGCCAUUGUCAGCUCCCCGCCCGUUACAAUGUUUUAAGGUAAAUGUCUAUUAUAAUAUUACAUAACCAAUAUUCUUACAUUGGUCAAGUAAAAAUUAAAUAUUUGUUUCAUUACUUUAGGUGUCUGCUGUCUGGGAGUUUGUUGGGAUUGACUUAAACGGCCCUUUACCAAUGACACUGAAUGGUUUUCAAUACAUCUUGACAGCCACUGAUUAUUUUUCGAAGUGGGUGGAGGCUUUUCCUCUGAAAACAAAAUCUGCUGCCGAGGUGGGACGCCAUGUUUGCUCCAUGAUCUAUCGACAUGGUUGUCCCAAGCGAAUACUUUCCGACCAGGGCAGAGAGUUUGUCAGUCAAGUAUGUGUACUCUCUUUUUACUAUUGUUUUUGUUAAAAUGAUCUUGUAAUCUGUUGGUUUAUUAAAAUUUUAUAUAUUGGUUGAUUUUUUUUAUUUUUAUUUUUUUUUAGCUCAACGACCAGAUGUGCACUCUUCUAGGAAUUGAAAGAAGUGUAACAGCAGCAUAUCACCCACACACCAACAACCUCGAUGAGAAAACUAAUGAUAAUAUCAAGCGGCAAGUUUUGUUUUUAUUCCUGUUUUUAUUAGAACUUUGCUCCACAGGUUUCACUUAAUGGAACACUAUAGUGUCAGGAAUGCAAACCUGUAUUCCAGACACUAUAGUGUUAAACAUUUUUGGCUCCUGGCCCCCUACUGCUUACUUUUUAAAAGGUGAUUUUUUACUCACCUUUUUCCAGCGCUGUGCAGGUCUUUGAACAUUAUCUCAGCCAAUCCUAUGGAAAAGCAUCAGGAGGCUAUUGCGCAUCCGCUGCGCUGCACCAUUCAGCAUUUCCUCAGAGAUGCAUUGAAUCAAUGCAUCUCUGACUAAUGUUCAGCCUCUCCACGCCAUGGAGGCGCUGAAUGUUCGUGCUGCACUGACCCAGGAAGCACAUCUAGUGGCCAUCUGAGUGACUGCCACUAGUGGUGUUCCUAGGUAGUAAUAGAAAGACGACUACAUUAAAAAUUAAUGUACAUUCAUUUACAUUAAAUACAUUACUACUAUAUUAAAAAUCCUGCAGGGACCACCUAUUCACACAAGAACAACUAAAUUAAGCUGUAAUUGUUCUGGUGAAUAUAGAAAUAUUAUUUUUGCAUGCCACUUGUUUCUAUUGGUGUUGAGCUAUGAAUUCUGCAUUCUUUCCAAGAGUGUACAUGUGUUUUAUCUUGCUUUUUCUUUUCAUUCUAGAGCUCUUGCUAAAUUGGUACAUGACAAACAAAAUAACUGGGAUGAGUAUUUGGACGCAACAUUAUUUUCAAUAAGAUCGAAGGUCCAAACCGCGACCAAAUAUUCACCGUUUCUUUUGAUGUAUGGGAGGGAGACCGUUUUCGCCGCCGUAGCUCCUGUUGAUCUGCCGGUGAGUUGUUGUUGUGGGGUGUUUUUUUUUUUUUCCCUAUCACAGCUACAGUAAUAUAUUUGCCUUUAGUAUAUAUAUUGUCUUCGUAUAUACAGAUCUCACCUGUUCCUGCUUGCUUUAUUCAAUAACACUGGGCAGUUAUUUGUUAAAGGGAUACUAUAGUCACCAGAACAACUACAGCUUAUUGUAUUUGUACUGGUGAGUAGAAUCAUUACCUUCAGGCUUUUUGCUGUAAACACUGUCUUUUCAGAGAAAACAUUACAGCCUAGUGAUAACUUCACUGGCCACUCAUUAGAUGGUUGCUAAAGCUGCUUCCUUGGGCAGUGCCGCAGAGUAAGAAGCACUGCCAUUCAGUGGUGUGCAUGCAGACACUGAACUUUCCUCCUAGCAUUGAUUCAAUUCAUCUCUAUAAGGAGAUGCUGAUUGGUCAGGGCUGUGUUUGCCUUGUGCUGGCUCUGCCCCUGAUCUGCCUCUUUGACAGUCUCAGCCAAUCCUAUGGGGAAGCAUUGUGAUUGGCUCAGACCACCACUUCUGAUUUCAAGAGACAGGGGCAGAGCCAGCAGAUGCAGACUUAAAUACAAGUAAGAUUUUACUUUAUUUAGGGAGGCAAGGGGUGUGGCUAGAUGGCGGUUUUAAUACUAUAUGGUCAGGAAUACACCUUUGUGUUCCUGAUCCUAUAGUGUUCUAUUAACACUAUUUAAAGAUGGUGUGCACAUGUAACUAACUUUUUUUCCUUCAUACUUUAUUGUGUUACUAUUAAUUAGAACUUUUUAAAACAUUUUUAUUUUUUUAUUUUUUUCUCUUACAGCUUUCAACUAUCAUUUUUCCAGAGGAGAAGAACCAUCAGUGCAGUGAAGACCCCUGUGAAAUAUGUAAUGGAGGCACAACUUGAAAUAGCUAGUGCCUUCAGUAUAAUGGUGAGUUAUAUCACACAAUGCAUGGAAACUUUGUCAGACAAGAUUGUAUUCAUACUCCAAAUCCACACAGAUUCAAUCAUUGCGCCGGAAACAUGAUUUUAAAUCAUUUCAAUGUGUAAAUUUUCAAUGUGUAAAGUGAUUUAUAAACAUUGUUUAUAUUCAACAUGCAUUUCUUACAGGCUUAUUUACUAAAGUGAAUUUCUAAGUGAACUUCAAACUUAAGGCCAGAGUAGCUGAACUAAAAACAUUUUUCCAGUUGAGCUAUUUUAACCUUAAACUCUUACUUUAGUGAAAAACCCAGUUAGACAAAAUGAAGUGCUGGAAAUUCAUUGCACUGUAAGAUAUAUGUAGUUAAUUAGCAGCUUAAAACUCUGGUUAAGACUUGUGCCAAGACUUAAUUUGCAAUUGUCUAAGUAGUGAAACAGUUUGCUAAUGGUCUGAUAUCUUGCCUUCUCUUAAUAGGAAGUGAGAGCCAGAAGCUUAGCAUUCCUGAGCUAAGCCCCACAGUGCAGGGCCAGUUUAUGGGAAGAGAGCAUCAGCUGAUCUCACUUUACCAGUGAGCUAACCGCUGUACCACUGGGCUUAGCUCAGUUUUGAGAGCUUCUGGCUACAGAGAGGAGGCAUAACCGGUCCGCUUUGUUUUGUGCAAAUAUACAUAGUUUGAUCUCCUUUUUAGAGCUUUUUCUUAACCUUAUAAUUCGUGGUGUGGCGUACAUGCAGAUGUACAGUUUAUCUUGACAAUGGUUUUAUUUGCAUAUAUAAUAUAACAAGAAUAGAGGAUUACAAUAAAAUGUAACAUGGGAAGGGGAGUCAUACAUAUAAACAUUUGUACCUUUGUUAUGUCUACACACAAACGUACAUAUAUGCUUCAAGGUACUGGUGUAUUCUGGUUUUGUGCUGCUCUAGGCAUAACAGUUGAGAUAUUGAGGUGGCCAGCUUGUGGGUCCCCCAGGAAAAGAGGCUGCCAGGGUGUUAGGGAGGCGGCUUUUUUUGCCGGACCCUGAAAGUGACGCCCAAGGCAAAUGCCUUGUCAGCACUGCUUCAAGGGAAUACUGACCAGUACAUGUAACCAAUUCUUCAGAAACCCCUUAAUAACAGUUUUUGCUUUUUGAUUACUCAGACACUUUGCUUGGGCAAACUUCACAAGAAAGUAGAAGAUCUUGAUGUAUCGGACAGUCAGAUUAUUAAGGUAAGUAGCAAACUUUGUCUCGUGAAUGGAACCGAAUUUUUGGACAUAGGACCACGUGUGCGGUCAGUCAGAACGUUAACACGGUGGCGUUUCCCCUGGAUCUGAGCGCUAUUUGGAGAACUUGGGCACUCAGAUCAGGGCUAUUUAGGGAUGUAUUAUUUGUGGGGUUAUUGUAUAUGUCUCGUCCAGUCCCUGGAAGGGAAUAGAGCUAGUCCCCAAUCCUGUUCCAGGAUGGAGAGGCUCCAGGAGAAGCCCAGUCAAGCCACGGCAACUGGAGCAGAAGAGUGGCAGUUUCCCCCGAUUCCAGCUAUCAAGUGGUCCUUGCACAGGGAGCUCCGCUACAAAGACAAAUUAAUUUGAGACCGAACAAAUACUUAACCGCUUACCCUGUGCAUGGUGCUCUCCCAGGAGUUCCAGGGAUUGCAUGAUUGCCUUGCAAGCAAGUCUCAGCCAUUUGGAAAUUACCCAAUCAGGGCUUACAAUGUGACCUGCUGCAACCGCACAUUUAUUAUUAGGGGGAACCAUAGGAUAAACAUUUCAUAAACAUUUUUUUAACGUUUUGUUUGAAGCUUCCUUAAUUUAACCACCAUCCUCAAUCUUCUGUUCUGUUUUUUCUUAGAUUUGUGGGAAAAGCACAGAGAUGCUCUCAAUUUUACUCUCCUUUACUGAUUGUUCCAGUGACCGAGACCAAGCCACCAUUAACCUCGACCUGCUGAAACAGAAGAGAUAACCUCCUGCUACAAAAAAACUUCCUCUUCCUUUUGGCUGCUUCAGAACACAUGCUGUAGACAUGAUGUAACCUUCAUCUUCCAGUGAUUAAGGAUCGCUGACCACCCAGAGUUAUCAAUUUAUUAUAAAGAUAUUGCCUUUCUCAUGUUCUUAAGCCUUUCUUCAAGCCACAGGUGCUUGAACUUUCUCUGUUAUGAGGAUACCACACUCUGGCUUUAAAAAAAAGAAAAUAGCAGGUGUCUGACUUUUUUUUUUUUGUGUGUGUGCUUUUUCACAAAUGUUUUUAUUAUAUUAUACAUAGACUGUCUAAGCUCCACAUUAACUUAAGAAAUAAAGUAUAUUGCAGAC